AUGGCGCAGCUACUCCGCGAUACAUUCUUGCGCAAGAAUGAGCAGAACCAAGCCGCGUUUCUCACGUUUCUCACGGCGGGAUUCCCCACAAAACACGAUACCGUCGAUCUCCUGUUUGCGCUGGAGCAAGGUGGCGCCGACGUCAUCGAAGUCGGCGUUCCCUUUUCGGACCCCCAAGCGGACGGGCCUGUGAUCCAAACGAGCAACAAGAUGGCGCUUGAGCAAGGCAUCGGAUACAAGGAGUGCAUGGACUAUGUGCGCGAGGCCCGCUCGAAAGGCCUGCGUGUCCCAGUCGUGUUCAUGGGCUACUACAACCCGAUUAUGGCCUACGGCGAAGAGCGCGCGGUGCGCGACGCAAAAGAAGCGGGCGCGAACGGAUUUAUUGUUGUUGACCUUCCGCCUGAAGAGGGUGCUUCAUUUUUGAGCGCGUGCCGCAAGCACGGCAUGGCGUUUGUCCCUUUGGUCGCUCCCACCACCGAGCUCGACCGCGUGCGCUACCUUGCGACGCUUGCAGAUUCCUUUAUUUACGUCGUGAGCAAGAUGGGCACGACCGGCGCAACCUCGAGCGUGAACGCGAUGCUCGAAGAAAUGAUUUCGGCCAUCCGCACCGCCACCGAUGCGCCGCUCGCUGUUGGGUUUGGCGUCAGCACACGCGACCAUUUUGUCGAAGUCGGCCAAGUCGCGGACGGUGUUGUGAUUGGGAGCAAGCUGGUCCAGGUAAUUAAGGAUGCCGAUCCCACGACAGAGGCGCGCACCGCUGCCGCACGCGACUUUUGCGAGGCCAUCUCGGGCGUGCGCCAAGGCGGCAUUGCCCGCAGCCACAAGCGCCAAAGAAUUGAGCGCCAAACCACGGCGACGGUCGAGCCAGUCGUGCCGUCCAUUGUGCGGUUUGGCGAGUUUGGCGGGCAGUACAUUCCCGAGUCGCUGCACAAGUGUCACGUCGAGCUGUCGAACGCGUACGAAGCGGCGCGCAACGAUCCUGCGUUCUGGGACGAAUUCAAAAGCUACUAUGGCUACAUUGGCCGCCCCAGCAAGCUCUACUUUGCCGAGCGCCUUACGGAGCAUGCCGGCGGCGCCAAAAUCUGGCUCAAGCGCGAGGAUAUGAACCACACAGGCAGCCACAAGAUCAACAAUGCCAUCGGGCAAGCGCUACUUGCGAAGCGGCUCGGCAAAACGCGCAUCAUUUGCGAGACGGGCGCAGGGCAGCACGGUGUAGCCACCGCCACAGCGUGCGCCAAGUUUGGCCUGGAGUGUGUGGUGUACAUGGGCGCUGAAGAUGUGCGGCGCCAAUCACUCAACGCCUUCCGCAUCAAGAUGCUCGGUGGCAAAGUGAUCCCGGUCGAAUCUGGCAGCCGGACCCUCAAAGACGCCAUCAACGAGGCAAACAGGGAUUGGGUCGCGAACCUCGCCAACACACACUACCUUGUCGGUAGUGCGAUUGGGCCGCACCCGUUCCCCUCCCUUGUGCGUGAUUUGCAGGCGGUUAUUGGUAACGAGACCAAAGAGCAGCUCCAGCAAGCGGCAGGUGCGCUGCCCGAUGCCGUCGUUGCUUGUGUCGGCGGCGGCAGCAACGCCAUUGGCAUUUUCACCGCAUUUGUCGAGGACCCUUCGGUGCGUCUGGUCGGUGUCGAGGCGGGCGGCCACGGUCUGGACACGACACAGCAUAGCGCUACCUUGACCAGGGGCACGCCCGGCGUUCUGCACGGUGUGCGCACGUACCUGCUCCAGGACAAGGACGGCCAGGUGACCGAGACGCAUUCUGUCAGUGCAGGGCUCGACUACCCCGGCGUCGGCCCCGAGCAUGCGCACCUCAAGGAUUCGAAACGUGCUGAGUACGUCGUCGCGACCGACGACCAGGCGCUCCUUGGCUUUAAGAAUUUAACGCAGCUCGAGGGCAUCAUUCCCGCGCUGGAAUCCAGCCACGCGAUUUACCACGCGCUGGAAAUGGCCAAGACGAUGCGGUUCGACCAGCACGUUGUUGUCAGCCUGAGCGGGCGGGGAGACAAGGACGUGGAGCAAAUUGCGCGCGGCCUUACCGAGCAAGGCUGGGGCGACAAGAUCGACUGGCACUUGAAGUAG